GUUCCUCUUUAUAUCUUUCUUUCCUGCAUAUCUCACUUGGUUUUCAGAAUUCCCGUAACUUGCAGUCAGAAGCCCAGUUCAGAACUGAUACAAAGCAGUUAAAAAGAAAUUGAAUUAAAAUGAGCAAACAAGACUACUGGUAACUGUUCCGCCAUCCUUGACGUCGACGCAAGCUCUUGGACCGCCGCCUGCCUCAAAUACACCAAACUCUUGCCAGGCAGCUUGCGUAAGGCUGACGUAGUAGGUUAUGCUGAGUGCACAUUUUUCGAUAAUACUUUCUCGUGUGAGGACUUGGCUGUCACUGACUCGCUUCAUGUGAAAUGUGAAGAUCGUGAGAAUUGUUAUUCAGCAUUUGAGCUCAGAUUCCUAUUUGUGUUGAUGAAGAAUUGUACAAACAGUUGAGCGAGGGAAAGCCAUCAGUUGUCUUUAGUAAAGUCGAGACGAAUCCUUUUUGCUGGUGUUGGUGAAAGGAUUCAUCAUGGCAUCUGCAGUGCUUGUUCGCGGGGCUGCGCGUCUGAGGAGCUGCACCAACCCUGUAGGCAUUCGCUCCAGUCACGCCGUAGCUGCCUGUAAGGACCUUUUGGAAACGGAACUGGAGGGGAUUAGGGCUGCUGGAACCUGGAAGACGGAACGAGUGAUCACCUCCAAACAAGCUGUUGAAAUCAGGGUCAAAGGCCAGUCGUCAAACAUCCUCAAUUUCUGCUCUAAUAAUUAUUUAGGUUUGUCGAGCCACCCGGAAGUGGUCCAAGCGGGAAAGGAUGCUUUGGAUCAGUAUGGCGCUGGACUGUCGUCUGUCAGGUUUAUCUGCGGCACUCAGGAUAUCCAUGUGGAAUUGGAGCACAAAAUAGCCAAGUUUCAUGGCCGAGAUGAUGCCAUCUUGUACGCUUCAUGUUUCGAUGCCAAUGCCGGCCUCUUUGAGAUCUUGCUCACGCCAGAAGAUGCCGUGUUAUCUGACGAGUUGAAUCACGCCUCCAUUAUUGAUGGCAUCAGGCUUUGCAAGGCUCGCAAAUUCAGAUACAAACACAAAAAUCUGGAAGACUUGGAAAGCAAGCUGCAGGAAAGCCAAAAUUGUCGGCAGAGACUUAUCGUGACAGACGGUGUGUUUAGCAUGGAUGGAAAUGUUGCUCCUUUGAGGGAGAUCUGUGAUUUGGCUGAUAAAUACGAUGCCAUGGUAUUUAUCGACGAGUGUCAUGCCACAGGCUUCUUUGGGGCAACCGGAAGAGGGACAGAAGAGCAUUUUGGAUUAGCCACGGGCCGUGUAGACAUAAUUAACAGUACGCUAGGGAAGGCAUUAGGAGGAGCAGCAGGUGGUUAUACAACAGGACCCCAAGAACUCAUCUCAUUACUACGACAGCGCGCAAGACCAUAUUUGUUCUCCAAUUCAGUUCCGCCUCCAGUUGUAGCAUGUGCGAGUAAGGUGUUUGAUCUUCUUUUUGGAAGUGCUGGCUAUGCUGAGAAGGUUCAAGCUAACACAAAUAGGUUUAGAAGUCAAAUGACGGAUGCUGGCUUCACAAUUGCUGGUGAAAACCAUCCUAUAUGUCCAGUCAUGCUGGGUGAUGCUAGAUUAGCUUCAGAUUUUGCUGAUGAAAUGUUAGAGAGAGGAAUAUAUGUAAUUGGCUUCAGUUAUCCUGUUGUUCCUAAAGGGAAGGCCCGUAUUAGAGUUCAGAUCUCAGCAUCUCACUCUUUUGAUGAAAUUGAUCGGACUGUGGAGGCCUUCAAAACAGUUGGCAAGAAACUGGGCGUCAUAAACUGAAAAAAACUGACGAGAUCAAGCUUACUGUAAUACAACGUACUCAAAUUAGUUUCUAAUUACAUGUGAUUAAAAUAAAUGGUGGAUUGGAAAAUGCACAGGAAAAUUGAUAAUUUGCAAUUGUAAAACUUCCCUUCAAGAGUUUUGUUAACCUAUAAUAGAUGGAUACCCUUAUAUGAGUAAUAAUAACAGGUUUUGAGUGGUGGGCAGAUUACCUCAUGGUGAGCAUCAAUAUUAUGCGCCAUUGAUUUGGAGAAAUCAGGCUGGAAAGAGGUUCCUACCAGUAGCCCAUAAAUUUACUAAUCGCAACUUAUAGCCUGGCUCAGCUCGCCGAUUCUAGGCAUCUCAUAAAUGCAGUUGUGUACUUAAGACUUCAAGUGGGCAUGUAUAUAGUGCCUCUCUCUCUCUCUCUCUCUCUCAUGAUUUAUAUAUAUUUGCUCAUAAUUUUCCCCAGGGGUUGCUGUUGGUUUUAGUUCUUCUCUUUUAUGAUAGUACAUACAGUAUGGUCCCCAAUUAUGCAAGAAUUUGGUCGAUCCACUGCCUCGCAGAAUUGGAAAUUUGCAGUUUUUUAAACACACAUCUUAUGGGAAUAAUUCCAUCAGGGCCAAGGCAAACGGCAACUUACCAAGUCAAACUUUUUUAUACUACCCAUUUUCAAUACUUUAUGUACUGUACUGUAAUUUUUUCUUAUAUGAUAUUGUUCUUAUGGAUAAAUAAAACAAUAAAAAGGUUUUAAUAACUUGAAAAAGUUCAAAACUACACACAGGAUGGUGGAAACUCCCGCACGUAAACAAUGCCACCGUUGGGUGCAAGUGUACUGAACGAUAGUAAUUUCCUUGAAAAACCUUUUGGAUGCAAUUUCCUCUACGUAUCCUCUGCCAAAAAACCCUUCAAACUCCUCUAUCUCAUCCUCUGUUUAGAGUCCUGCUGAAGGAAGGCUUUGUGAACCAUUUGAGGUUUCAGGAACUGGCAGAUCGUGCUUGCCUUCACUCCUGUUAGGCCUACUUCUUCUUCUUCUUCUAUCACAUUUACUAGUCAUUUUCAUCAAAACCUAUUUCAACAAUAGCAAAAAAUAAAUGAUUAAAUGCCAAAAGUUAGUCAAAACCAGUUAACCUAGAAGAAAAAAUUCUUACUUCAUGUUAAGUAGCAAUGGAUUUCCCAAAUUGUUGACUGCUGCCAACAUGGAAGUUGCUCCUUCCUUCGACUUUAACUUAAGGGAAAGCUUUUUAGUUUCGAGAAAAUAGGUCUUCCUCUUUGACUUCUAGGCAGAUGCAUACAUGAUGCGGAUGAUCAGAAUACACUUUGCAGAUCAAUAAUAAUACAUACGGCGAUGGUGAUGACACCGAUCAUUCAUACACACUGCACUAUGACGUCACAAAUGCGUGACGCAGAGCCUUCCGCCUUAGCUAAUGGUUGAGCAGGAAAUCUAUCUCUUGCAUAGUAUUUUUUCCUCCAACCAUUCCCCCCACCUCUUCUCUCAGAUACUAGCAAACCCCCCACACUUAAAAUACCUGAAAAGACAAUAGAUUUGAUACGUUUUGCGGUGUGAGACUCGCAGACUUUGAACAGCUUCGCAGACACAGAAAAUCUAUUUUUGAGAACUAGCGACUGCAUAAAUGGGGAAUUGCACAAUUUGAAAAUGCAUAAUUUGGGACUGGACUGUAUGUCUGUUAUAAUUUAUAAUUUUGCAAAGAAACAUUAGAAAAAUCAUGACUAAUCCAAGAGAGUUACUGCAUCUUCGAUCUCGGUAAUUUUACGUGAAUAAUUUACAACAAUUAUACUCGGAAUUUGUUACUAAUUACAGUUCUUAUCUGUUGAUAUUGUGUGAGGUGUAAUUAUAAUUUGAAAAAAUAAAAUUAUUAGAAAAAAACUUAUAUAACUUAGUAAAAUUUAUGAUGGUCUUGAAAAAAACAGAGGGCUCACAAGGGGUUGUUAAUAGUCAUUUUCAACUCACUCAUGGAAGAAGGGACAAAUUUUUUAGAAUUUAUUUCUUACACCAUGUGCAUUUGCAUAUCUAACUUUUUCAUAGAUGAGUUUUUUCUUAUGUGGGCUGACCUCAAAGUUUGCCCCAGUCUGGGGUGCUGCAUACAUAUUUUUUUUAGCCCGGCUCUUAAGAGUUAAGAAAUCUGUAAAAAUGUCAAAGUUUGUUUUUUCCCUUUAAAACCAAUACAAGCAGUCCCCAGUUUUCAGAGGGGUGGGUCCCCAUUCUCAGUGCGGUGCUGACAAUUGAAAACUACCAUUAACCAAAACUUGGCGAUUUAUGGUGCUUAUGGCGACAAGGUUUUGGUUAAUGGCGCCUCUGUUAGGUAUGUUAUGGUGCCAUAACUCUUAUUCUCAGAACCUUAUGGUGCAAAUAACCAAAACUUGGCCUGUUAUGGCGCCAGAAAUCGCUGAUUUUAAGGUGCUAGACAAGCGCCAUUAAACUGGAUUGCCAUUAACCGAGUCUGCUGAUAACCAGGGACUGCCUGUAUCAGCAACAUAUAAGAUUUAGUUGUGCUUGAUGACUAUGCACUAUUUUAGUUUUGUCAUUAGCCACAGUCCACAGAUAAAACAUUCAGACUGUGGAUCCUUAUUGACCGUGUAUACUUCACCAAAUCACAAUUUCUCACUAACAUUCAUACCUUCAAGACUGACUUGCACUCCUCUUUGUACAGAUAGGUUAGGUAUCAAGAUUCAGGUCAUUGAAGCAUACAACUACUGACCAACAUUACUUUUAAUUCUGCUGUCUAGUAAAUACCUUGAUUGCUAUGCUUUCUAAGUCAUUACAGUUUUUGUUGAAAAGCAUACUGGAUGUAUUAAGUAAACUAUCCCAUUAAACUUUAAGGCAUUUACUACUCUUUAAACCAUAAUUCUUUAGAAAACUAAAUGUGGUAUAAGGUAAAAUGAAAAAUUUAAAAUAUUUUUCCCAUCAAUACCAACAUUCAUUACAGUAGAAAUUUAUAGUAAUGGAUUCAUCAGCAUUCAAGAAGCCCACCCCAUUUAACUGAAGCAAUACAAAGAGAAAAACACUAAUAGUUAUGUACUUUCAUGCAAAUGCAAUAAAGACAAAACCAUGAAAUUGAUAGUCUGCACUGGGUAUACCACUCUUCUUGUAUUUCACCACACUCUCUUAAUACCAACUGUCACACUACUCGAAAUUUGUAUUCACUUUACGUAUUCAUUAUUUUCUGAUUAUUUCCCUGGACUGUUUCAUCCUUCAGUAUAUGUUUAGGGAACUACUAUGCUUUUUUUCAAAUUAUCUUAUUUAAUCACACAAAAAACUAUAUCAAAUAUUCUCACUGAGAAACUUUUGCUUCAAUAAUUAUUUUAUUUAUAUGAUGUGAAUAAGUAUAUAUACAAAUAUAUGUAUACUUAACAUACUAAGUCUUGUUAUAUAAAAGCCAAGCACUCUGAUGUGUUACAAUUUUUUUAUACUAAAGAAGUUUACACCAGAUAAGUAAAAUUUCUGCACACAUCUAAGGAGCCCGCCAAAUAAAAAAAAAUGCAUAGGGUUUAAAUUAUCCAAGGGUCACCUCUUUGAAUGAUUGGGUUGUUGCAUCAAGCCUAACAAUAGUUAUGUAACAAACUGUGUGUAUACAAACUAAGAUUAAUUUUAAAUCAUGACUCACACAUGGCAAAACCCAUAGGCAUGCAUAUUUUUUUACCUUAAAACUACUGCUGAAUAUCCUUCACUUCAAAUGAGGUAUCAAACAACCAAUAUAACAAAAUAGGGAAAAGCAAAAUUUUAACAAAAUUUUGGUAAUAACCAUACCUUGUCUGAUGCAACAGUAGAAUAUGUGAUUCAAACCCCUUUCCCCUAACUGAAUGAUGUUUAGCACAUUCACAGUAAUUCCAGCAUGAAGAUACUGACACUUACAUUCACUAAUCACUUUAAAAAAUAACAUAAUUGUCCAGAAUCCACUUGGAGAGUCACAAAUUAAUCAUGCAAAGUUCUUCAGAAUUGCCUCCAUAAGGUUACUAACAAAAGUAAGUCAAAUGCUGCAGGGCAUCUUUACUGUGUUAAUUUAUUGCAGACUCAUUAAACACCAAGCAUCACUUAAGUAACUGACAAAACAUCAAGCUUCACUUGAGUAACUUGUGUGUACAUGUCAUGUGUAGAAGACACCUCUGGAGCUGAAGCCUCUUAGGAAUGCAUUUUUCAUAUCAGACCACUAAGGCAGAUAUCUGAUCAUAUGAAAAAUUUUGAAUAAUCAUACUGAGCAUAUAUUUUAAUAAAAAAUCUGUAGUAUAGUACAUACUCAGGGCCAAGUAUUAUAUUGACAGUUAAUAUAAACAGCCUACUAUCAAUAGAAUGAAUAACACCCAAAAGCAGUCCUUGAAUGUUCUGCUGUGAAGUUGAUAUAGACUAAAAUUAACGAAACAAUGACGAGCUAUAGUUUAUGGAUUCACAUACUGAGUUAUAUGGGGCAAACAAAAGCUAUUUAUAACCAUCACAAUACACCUAAAUUUUCUUACUGAAAAGGGGCUAGCAGCAUAUUUUUGUCAAACCAACAAGCAUUUAUUUAUCAGCCAAUAGAAGCAAUGCCAAGAGUAAAUUACAGCACUGUGCUUCCACUAACACCCAAGUUUUAUAAAAUAAAUAUAAAAGACUACUUUUUAUUUUUUAUCUUUAAUCUAUACAUAUGAGAACACUUAGAGAAUAAGCCAGAAGGGCUUUGAACUUGCAUAGAAACCUUCCAAAACAGGAAAAGGAGGAAAAAAAAAAUAUUAGAACUGUAAUUGAAAAAGCAAUUUCAAUUUUUAUACUACUAUACUAAAACCCACACUUGACAGAACUAUAUAAAAAAACUAAUAAAAGCUGAAAUAAAUAAGCUAGAGAGCGAGCCUUUAUAAAGGCAAGGUGACAAGAAACUUUAUAAAACACUGGAGAAAACCACAUUAUUAUAGAGGAUAUGGCAGAGAAAAAGAUUUGAAUGCUCAUUACAUGGUAACCAACUGUCAAUAGCAACAAAUAUUGAAUCAUAUGUCUCAGCUGCCCAAAAUAACACUGCACAGAUUCUAACACACCAUGUAAAGUCAUCUUGCAAAGAAGGGAUGUUUCACAUCCCUCCAAACUGUUAAAUUUUUGAGGCACUCCAGGACAAUACUAACCAUUUCAGUUAUCUAGAGAUUUAAAUGUUUAAAAAAGUUUUUUUUAUCAUAAUUGCUUUAUAUAAUAGUAAAAGUUCAUCUUUUUUAACCUUCAUGAAGUCUAAAUAUGUCAGAUUUGUGACCACUCAAUUCUAAAUUUAAUUAAAUUUUGUACUAAUAAAAAUGAUCCCAAUCCUAAAAAUUUAUCACUUCAACAAGACAACAAAGAUCAAAUUCACUUAGUCUCUCCAAUUUUUCCAUAUAUAUUAUCUUGGACAGUGAAUUAAAAUUACCAUAAUUUACUUGAGGAAAUCUUUAAGGCUUUGGAUAUGUUUUCUUAUUUGUUUGAGGUGUUUUACUUAAUACUGGUUGAAAUUUUGGAAAAAAUAAAAAUUUUCUUCAUACUGAUUUGGUCAUCAAAUGUCCAAGAAGCAUUAUAGUACAACAAAUUCAAAGAUGAUCAUUAUUUUGUGACAUUUCCUUCAAAAUUAACAUAUAAAUUUACAAUGAACAUAAUGUUUUAAUUUUUAACUGUCGUCAUCUAUAUGUAUUCUGUAGGGUCAUGCUGCAUGUUACUGAUAUGAGAGGCAGGCAUAGGACCAGCUAUCAUGGAUAUAGGUAUAUACUGUAAUCAGCUUUUGCAGCUUUGCAAAACAAAAGGUAAUCAAUUUGUUGACAUACAAAUUUUUUUUAACAUGGUUUAUAUAAUUCACUGAUGCUUUAUGACUGAAAAUUUAAGAUUUACAGAGAAUACGGCAUAUACACCUUCGAAGAAAUCUAGUACUAAUGAGAUCUGAUAUUUUUCAUUUCAAAAUAAUGGCACCAAUCACCUCAGCAAAAGGAUACAUUGUACACACACUAAAAAAUGUACUGCAGCCAUGUU